AUGGUUUUGAUUUGGAAAAGCAGCAAGAAGAAACGUGGAGACAGCUGUGAUUUCCCCACAGGAAUCCCUCCAAGGCCUUUCCGGUUUCCCAAAAGUUAUGCGGAGCUCAUUGCUGAUUGGCCAGUGGUGGUGUUAGGGGUGUGUACCGUUCUCAUCGUGGUUUGUGCCCUAGUCGGUAUCCUCGUUCCCGACCUGCCUGACUUCUCAAAUCCACUGCAAGGAUUUGAGCCGAGAGGCACUGCAAUAGGCCAGAGACUUGUAACAUGGAACAACAUGGUGAAGAACACGGGCUACAAGGCAACGCUGGCCAACUACCCCUUCAAAUACGCAGACGAGCAGGCCAAAAG